AUGGAUAUAGUAAAUGUAAUUCAAUCCGUUAUUCCGCUGCUAAAGCUCAUCACUCUCACCCUCUUCGGAUUAAUUCUAGCCCACCCCAAAUCCCAGCUGAUUCCCAAAGCAGCGUUUCAGCUUCUCAGCAGGCUCGUUUUCACGCUGUUUCUGCCUUAUUUGAUCUUCAUCAACCUCGGCGAGACCAUAACACUCCACAAUUUCAUCCGCUGGUGGUUCAUUCCCGUCAAUGUCAUCAUCAGCACCGCCGCCGGCUGCCUUUUAGGCCUGGUGGUGGCCGCAAUCUGCCGCCCUCCGCCGGAGUUCUUCCGGCUCACCGUCAUCAUGACGCCGUUCGGCAACACCGGCAACCUCCCCCUCGCCAUCGUGGCAUCCGUGUGCCACGACGCCGACACCCCUUACGGCCCCGAGUGUGAGAACACUGGCACGGCCUACGUCUGCUUCGCGCAGUGGGUGGCCAUGCUCCUCGUCUACACACUCGUGUACCACAUGAUGGAGCCAGUCUCUGACUUCCACCACCAGGAGGUGCUGGAAGUCGGAGACGAAAUCGAGGAGGAUCUGCCGAUGACGAAUAAUCUCAGUAGACCCCUCCUCGUAGAGGCCGAGUGGCCGGGGGUGGAGGAAAUAGCAACGGAGCAUUGUAAAACACCGCUUAUUGCGACGGUUUUCACGGAGGACGAGGAGGCGAGCUGUAGUAGUCCGAAAUCGAUCACGUGUCUAGCGGAGCCAAAAAUAGUGACGAAAAUCAAAUUCGUCGCUAAUCGAACUCCAUUCCGUCACAUUCUCCAGCCACCAAUAUUUGCGACGGUUUUGGCACUUUUCGUCGGUAUGGUUCCGUCGCUAAAGCCGUUUAUCUACGGCGGCGACGCUCCGUUGGCGUUCAUCACCGACAGCCUCGCCAUGAUGUCGGAGGCGAUGGUUCCGUCGGUGAUGCUCGUCCUCGGAGGAAUGCUCGCGGAGGGGCCUAACGAGUCGAGGCUCGGGAGUCGGACGACCGUGGGGAUUGUUGUCGCUAGACUACUGGUGCUUCCGUUAGUCGGGAUCGGGGUGGUUACUCUGGGUGAUGGGUUGAAGAUUUUUGUGGCAGGAGAUGAGAUGUAUAAGUUGGUGGUGUUGCUGCAGUAUACGACGCCGAGUGCCAUCUUGUUGGGGGCGGUGGGGAGUUUGAGGGGAUACGCGGCCAAGGAGGCGGCGGCGCUGCUAUUCUGGCAGCAUAUAUUUGCUGUCUUUUCUCUUAGCAUAUAUUUGGUGAUCUACUCGAAAUUGUUGUUUGCUUAUGAUUGA